GAAUAAUCAAAGCUCCGACACCCAACGCUCCUUCUCCUCGACGGAAUCGAUUUGGCUCUCUGGGGCUCUGGUGUUGGUUAUUCUCAAGAUCAACUUACUGAGCGACAUUGUACGCUUGGUCCUUUGUCGCCCUUCCCCGGAAACAGCCACCUAUCUCGAGUUUGAGGUUCAUCUUGCGUUUGACUAUGAACCAUCUUUGACAUCCUCUUUUCCCGAUGGCGAAAGCCCUGCAACCGAGAUAUGUCUUUCUUUUUUGGCUUGUGUGAACCGGGAUUCUCCAGUGACUGCCUUGCGAUUCAAUCUUCUUUUUCGAUUCGUCCGACUCCGGAGACGUACUGAAUGCUGUCGUGGUUUGGCUUCUAUCUCUGAACCUCGCGUGCAAUCCUUCCAACCUCGUUGCAACACCCUCCCCGACGAUAUUCGCCGGGUGCCGUAGAUAUGGCAUCUCAGAACAACAACUCAGCCGGAGAUUCUCAUUUCUCCUUUGCGAAGAUUGCUGCGAUGCCUGCACCCCCCACCCCCCACUUGCCCAUGGCAUCUAACGAGAGUGAUUCCGCUCAACCUGCAAAUGUCGCUGUUUAUUCUGAAUCAUUAGAUUCCAGCGCUUUGGGGCCUGGACUACACAACCUCAAUACCAUCAAUGAACAGAUCCCUCUCGCUGGUGCCAGUGGUAACGAUCUGGCAAGAGUUGUGCAAGAAAUUGAUCUUAGUCCGCAUAAGGACCGUCAAGGAUCUGGAUCUUCGAGCGACGAUCAUGAGAAUGGCCUUCUAAAGCGUGAAAAUUCCUUCGAUGAUGAUCGUACUCAUCUCUCUACCUCUUCCACCAAAAUGACCAACUUCGACUCCAAGAGCUUGGCUUCGGUGACAACCUUCGCUAUGGAUGAGAAAGAUUCAGUUCGGCCCGACGACAGUGCCAGCGUGCAAGCCAUUGAUGAAGAAGAGUCCCUGUCCGGGGCUGCUUCAGGUGCUCCAAACUCAGUGACGGGAUCGGAGGCCGGUGGACGUGUAUUCCGUGACCAUUUUCGCGAUAACAUUGCUCUUCGCCCGCGUGGGAUUCUUCCUGCACCCGUCCCUGGCUUCAACGACGGCAAUUCGCAGGGUGCUGUCAUCAUCCCUCCGGACUCGGUAGCGAACAACUUCGUGGUACCGGUCAACCCUGACAGCCCGGCAAAUUCCCCGAGCCUCCAUUCAUUCCCUCUUCAUCCAGACGAAAAACUAAUUACGGCUAUGGAAAAUCCUAAAGAUCGACUGAUGGUUCUCACGAUAGAGGAAAAGGUCCGCGCUUUCAUUGAAUAUUCCAGUGAACAAUCCUUGGAACUGCCCCCCAACAAUUCCUACGGUCGACUUCUCGCGCAUAGACUGGGAGAUUACUACCAUUUGACCCAUUUCGUGGACAACAACGUGACUUCAGUGCGCCUCCACCGGACGCCUUUCUCCAGACUCCCCACUCCCCUGUCCGAGCUGUUUCCAACUUCAAACGAAAAGCCAUCUCACCCUAUGCCGACGAAAAUCAUGCGUCGGGCAGAUGGACGGCCCUCUGCCGAAGGCAGCGUGGCAGCAAGUUCAUCUGUUCCAUCUAAGGCGGCGUCAGAGACCGAUGAUGCGGGACAAGAUGGAGACCCUACCGGUUCGGCUGGUUCAAUGUCUGCUAAGGACCGUAUGGCUAUGACCCGGGAAGAACGAGAAGCCAAAUAUGCAGAAGUGCGUGAGCGCAUCUUUCGUGAUUUCCCCGAGACUGCCAAGUCAGAGGCUAGCGGUGACUCUACCACGAACAUGUCCCGCUCGAGCUCGACUACCGGACGCAAAAAGAACCAGAAGCAGCGCACUCCUCAUGAUGACGGCUUUGAAGCUCGCUCCCAAUUCAAUCCCUAUUACCCCGGGAUGCAGUUUACCAACAACGGUUCCCCGGCUUACAAUACGUCUGCAAACGAUGGCUCAUAUGCCCAUCAAGUUCCAUACAUGGUUGGACCGGGUGUAGCCCCGCCUAGUGGUGGCUACAUGUCUGCUGGUCAAAAUAACACGAUGUAUCCGGCGCAGGGAGGUAUGAAUAACGUGCCGCAAUUUUCAGCCGCAAUGUCGCCGCAAGUGGGCUCUACUGCCCCGUGGCAAGGCGGGAACGCACCCCAGCAAUCGCCAUUCCCUGGGUACUCUGGGAUGAAUCAGCCUGCUAUUAUGGGCCAGCCGACAUCCACCAAAUCCUCGCCAGCUAUGAAUAACUUCCCCACCCCUCAUUCGCCACAAUUCCAACAGGCUCCUGGUUGGAAUCAGGGCGCUUUUCCGGGCAACUUUCAGCAAUCCCCCCAUCAACGUCCCCAACAACACCCGACCCCUUGGUCUAACUACCAGGCCCAGCCCAUGCCCCCAAACAUGGCCACCUACUCUUAUGCUCAGUACCCAGGGCAGCAUAUGAAAUCUGGCCUUCACAGUGCUGGAAAUUCGGCGAUGGCAAGCAAUUUUCCCAGGUCCCAUUUCAACCCCCAGACACGCUCAUUCGUCCCGGGAGGCGCUGGGACCCAACGGCACCCAGGCAAAGGUGUUCAGCAUCCAUUGCAGCAACCGUACGGAAAUAGACCUUCUGCUGCACAGCCCAGUUGGCCUAGGUUCCCAGAGUCUAUGCCCAAUCACUCCGUCGAUCACUCCGCUGCUGCCAGUGCAGCUCGCACGCCAAGCACAGGCUCACAAACCUCUCUUGCUAAAUGGGGAACGCCAUCCCACCUACCUCCCAAACCUCCUCCCUCCGAAGUCCGCUCUGACUUUGAUUUAAAACAUCGCACUGGAUCCACAAGCCUCCCUACUCCAACAGUUGCGAGUAAUGGAAUUCCUAGUGCCGCCAAAAACGGGCCUCUGGUCGUGUCAGGAGGAACCACCGCUUCGAAGAUGAACUAGAUCCGUGGACGAUGACUGGAUCCCGCAAAUCGGGGUGUUUCUCUGUUCUCUUUCGUCUUAUCUUCAUGCAUUGAGUCAUGUAUUGGUGGAAGUUGGUUUGGUCCUGAGGCGUCAACUCACACUAUGAUGUAUGUUGGCCAAGCGGGCUUGUACAGUUAGCAAAUUGCAUGGCGAUCCGGGCGUUUGAAGCCUAGCUCUUUCUUAGCUAAGAAUCUACAUAUCUGAACAGCUUUCCAUCCACCGUGUGCAGGUUUGCAGAGUUAGACUUUCAAUCUACGUCAAACAAUGACAAUAACAAAGUAUCUA